AUGUCGGUUCAAUAGGAAGUGAUUAAAUAUAUGUUAGUAGGAUCAAAUAUGGUUGGUAAGACUUCUUUUCUAUCUCGAUUUUGCGAGAACAAUUUCAAAUCAAACUAUGAAGAAAGUAAAGGAUUAGAUUUUAAAUCUAAAAUAUAUAAUGAUGGUAAAUAUAGGCUUUGUAUUUUUGAUACAGUAAUAUAUUAAAAUUUACAUAAUAGCCUGGAGCUGAAAAUUUGAGAUAUGCUUCAUAUGGAUUCUAUAAGUCAGCUUUUGGUUUUAUUUUAAUUUUUGAUCUCACAAGGUAAAACACUAUAUAAAAUAAUAGGCCUUAUACUUUAACAGAUUUGAGAGAUGAUAUGACUGAAAUUGCAAAGCAUGCAUCUGAAUGUAUGAAUUGAUUGAAAUUUAGAUGCACAAUUAAUUAUAGUUGGGAACAAAUCUGAUUAAUACGAUCAUCAUUAUUAUAAAGAAUCAUAAGAAGAAGCACAAAAAAUGGCAAAUGAAUUAAAUAUUCCAUAUUUUGAGAUUUCUUGCUUGACAGGAUAAAAUGUAGAUUUAGUAAUUGAGGAUUUAACAACAAGAGUUGGGAAUUAAAUGAAAAAUGGAAAUUUGAGUAAUUAGUCAGGGAAAUAGACAUAAAAUCGUGAAAAAGAUGAAUAAAUUAAAACAGAAGGAGGAUGUUGUUGUAAAAUUUUUUGA